GCCGGGGGAGGUCAUCCACGCUUCUUUAGUACUGAAGACACUUCAGAACUCAGGACAUUUUCUCAUCUUUGGGCCACUUGUGGACAUGCUGUUGCAACUUUCCUUUCAAGUACCGGAGAGAGAGGAGAAUCCCAUCAUGGUGAACAGAGCGCAAGAAAUGGGUAUUCCCUUUGGCGACCAUGACGCGGUCCACUGAGAGCAUGGAGCCCGAGAAAGCUCACACACAGAACAGCUUCUUCAUCAAGGCCGACGUGCCAGAUCAUGCACACUACGUGGUGGCAGCCUUCGUCCUGGUCAUCGGCACGCUGGGUGUCGCGGGCAACGCGCUUGUCAUGUUCGCCUUCUACAGCAACAAAAAGCUUCGCAGCUUGCCCAAUUACUUCAUCAUGAACCUGGCAGUCAGCGAUUUCCUCAUGGCCUUUACGCAGUCGCCUAUUUUCUUCAUCAACUGCCUUUACAAGGAAUGGGUGUUUGGCGAGAUGGGUUGCAAGAUGUAUGCGUUCUGUGGCGCAUUGUUCGGCAUCGCCUCCAUGAUAAAUCUGCUGGCCAUCUCCAUCGACCGCUACCUGGUGAUCACCAAGCCACUGCAGGCCAUCCACUGGAGCUCCAAGAGAAGGACCACUCUGGCUAUCGUCUCCGUCUGGUUGUACUCGCUGGCCUGGAGUCUGGCGCCUCUCGUCGGAUGGAGCUCUUACAUCCCUGAGGGCCUGAUGACAUCGUGCACUUGGGAUUAUGUCACAUACACGGCGGCCAACAGGAGCUAUACCAUGAUGCUCUGCUGCUUUGUUUUCUUCAUCCCACUCCUCAUCAUCUUCUACUGCUACGUCUUCAUGUUUCUGGCUGUCAGGAAAACCAGCAGGGAGGUGGAGCGACUAGGCACCCAAGUGAGGAAAUCCACAUUGAUCCAUCAGAAAUCUAUCAGGAGCGAAUGGAAGCUGGCCAAGAUCGCCUUUGUGGUUAUUGUUGUCUAUGUCCUCUCCUGGUCACCAUACGCCUGCGUCACGCUCAUUUCAUGGGCCGGGCAUGCAAACAUCUUGUCGCCAUACUCCAAAGCUGUUCCUGCCAUCAUAGCGAAGGCCUCCACUAUCUACAACCCUUUCAUCUACGCCAUCAUUCAUAAUAAGUAUAGGAUGACCCUGGCGGAGAAAUUUCCCUGCUUGUGGUUUCUGUCUCCCACCCCUCGAAAGGAGUGCAUCUCCUCCUCUUCCAUCAGUGAGUCCUCCUUCAGGGAUUCCAUCAUCAGUCGGCAGUCCACCGCGUCGAGAACUCAUUUCAUCAGCGCGUCCUCCAAACCCUCUGAUAUGGUUCCAAGGGAUGUGGAGAUGGAGCCUUUAGGCAGGAAGUCGGGUGAUUCCUUCAGGAGCAUGUCUUCCUAUCAUCAAUCCAGCAGAGGCAGUUCCUGUAGGAGAUCCUCGGAGCGCAAGACCCAUAAAGGGGAAAAGCAUCCAUCUACCAUGAAUGAGUCAUCUGGGAACUGUGACCAUGAACUGGUUUCUAGCACUCUUACCAGCGCCACUUUACCCCUGCUAGUUCUUACCAGGAGGCGUAGUCGAAGUCUGACCCACAGAGACUCGGACAGGGCAAGAGGCUCUCCCAACAGUUCACGGGGGUGCAAAAGCAACUCGGCCGACUCCCUGUGCAUCGAGCGAGUCGCAUCCGCGGAGCCGCCGCCGUCCCAGCAGCAGGGCAUCCCUCGCAUUGUCGUCAUCAGCCCCACAACUGAGAGCAGACUAGUCCAACAGGACAGCCUCUGCUUGGAGGAGGCCAUGGCAAACAACGUUUUGAUUAGUCUGAACUUCUCAUCAGAAGUGUUAGAGGCAGUGGAGUUGCUAUCCUGAACUGAUGGAGAACCUAUUCCAGUCUUUUCCUCCCUCUGCGUUUAUUCGCUGCUACAGACAUCUUUUAAAAACGUUCCUUUUUCAGGUUGGCUGUCCAUUUUAAGACUUCACUGAUUUAUUGUACCCAACCGGCAUUGGGCAAGAGGCACACAAUACCCUCCAGCCACCAAGCCUAAACUAAGACCAGGUCUAGGCGUUUACCCAUCAGGACAGCUUGGAAAAGGUGAUGGAAAACAGCAUUUUGUUGGUCUGAACUUCUCAUCUCAGAUGUUGGACGCAUUCCUGACCUGUAGGGAGGACUUCCCUUCUUAACCCUACCUGCAAAAGAUCAAUUUUUCAGUGUUAAGAACAACAUUUUUUUGUAAAGCUUUUGUGUUUCAAGUUGUCUUUGGAGUCCUAUCCAUUCAUUUGGAGUCACAACCAACUUUUGACAGUUUACCUGAAGGCCUGAGCCAAGGACUUUAUUGCAGCCUGAUUGUUUGUUUGGGUCAUUGAGUGAAAACGUAUCCCAUGCCAAUUGCGAUGUGUGAAAUACUGCACGACACAUUUUUUAAAAACUGAGUUGAUUUAUAUUACGUUUUUGUCUACAGUCCCUACUGCUAUUAAAAUGCCCACAUUUACCCACCUUAAUGUGGUACUGCUGCCACACAAAGCUUUGUCAGGUUGGCCUUUUGCCUGAAGACAUUUCAAUAGUAAGCAGCCAAAACCAUUGACAUAUGCAGUGGCAUUCCUAGCCUACAUGGUGCCCUGGGCGACAUGACGCAUCGUCGGUCAUACUUAUUAGCUCCUCCCCUCACCCACCUGGGCCCACCAAAGCCCCCUAGAUGCUUGGAUAUAGCCGCACCCCACAAACUCCGCUCCUGGACCUACCAAUAGCGUACCGCACUUAACACGUCACCUCUGCUCAUUAAUAUUUAUGGCGUUAGCAACUGUUGCUAGGGGGGUCAAGCGUUUGUCCCUCAUGCUAGAUUCAUGUAAACGGUGUACGAACGAGAUGUUUACUGAGCUAAAUCUACCAAUUCUGUCCAAAAAUGAUGUCCCUGGUGCCAAAUUCACUGGUAAGGAUGUGAAAUAGCAUUCAAAUAUUCAGUUAAAGAGAUGGCUUAAGUGUCGAGGGCUGAAAAAGAUGCGAAAAAGAACCGGCCUGAUCCUCUGGUUGUCGUACAUCUCUGACUGUUUUGGGGGGUGAUUUAUAUUGCUAUUUUUGUGUAGCGAUCGCAAAUGCUACUCAGUGACAGACACGAACACUUAAAAUGUUUUCAUUAUUUUUCACAAAUUUAUCAUAGACUUCAUAAUAUAUUGACGGGGCGCGGGGCCGAUUCAUAGGGGGCCUAUCUCCGCCAAAGCUAACAGAGUGGAAACACAGACAAAGAGCUUUUUCCGUUGAAAAUUCUUUCAAAUGAAUGCUUAAAUCCCUGAAUUCUUCAUAGAUAUAAACGUAAAACGGUCUCGAUUCUGGGUUAAAAGAGCAAAAACCUGGGCAAUUACCAUUUAAUUUAUGUAAAUAUGUCGAAGAAUGAUGCUAGUUUGUUUGUCAAUGUUGUAAACAGAGCUUUUCCAGUGAAAAUUCAUGUGAAUAAAUGCUUAAAUCCAUGAAUUUCUAAUAGAUAUGAACGUAAAACAGUUAGAUUCUUUGUUAAAAGAACAAAAAACUGGGCAGUUAUCAUUUAUUUUAUGUAAAUAUGUCGAAGAAUGAUGCUAGUCUGUUAGUCAAUGUGGCAGCCGCCAUUUGUAAAAAGACCUUUUACGGUGAAAAUUGGGCAUUUGCGCAUUUAUUUUACGUAAAUAUUUCGAACAAUUACGCCAUUGCCGCAGCGGUUAAUUGCUCCCAUUUGAUGGUGAAAAAAAUAUAAUAAUUACCUUGAAUCCUCGAACAAAUCACUCCUGAGACAAUCCUUCUUGUUUGUAUGCGGUACAGCUUUUGUACUUUUUAAAUUCGGCGUGCUAAAAUCCUGCAUGUUUUUACUCUGCGAACGACUGGGAAUAACUGAAGCAGACUGCAGGGCGGCCCCCUCCUUAAAGGCAAAAUGUUUACUGCAUAGGAAGGUGAAUGGCUUCACCUUGCUGCUUUUAAACUGGUCUUUUGGACGCACAAGUUGAUCCAUUGUCCACAUUUUUCUUCGGGAAACGUAUGAAGAAAACAUCCUUCAUAUGUGGACGGUCUUAAUGUCUAGAGUAGUUUCGACAAGUUCCAUAGCAGCAGUGUUUACUCGGCAUGUUCGUUUUUGAAAGAUUACCUGCAGAAAACAAGCAGUACUAGCAUGGGUUGUAUGCGAACGCGCUUCUAUGUUCACCCCCUUCCGGUUCACGAUGGUGACGUCACGCGCUCUACAAAUAGCAUGUGCGGCACGCUAUUGCACAAUGGCCGUCCAAGUCAAUCCAAGCUAGAAACAUCAAAAUACUGGUCUCGGAUCAAAUGUACAGGCAGGCGUUGGGGUUAGGCUUCCUGUGGAGCUUAUGAAUGUAUCACCUUUUUAAUACCCAUUAUCUUCAUCAUGAUGUGGCAUUGUUAUCUGUUAUGAAAGGUGGCCUGUAGUUUUCUUCAAGUAGUUUAACCACCUGCAAACUUCGGUCAAGAUCCUUAUUUAGUCAUUCAAACGGGGAUCAUAACACUUUGCAUCUCAUAGCCUCAUAAUUUUGUGACACUCAUUGAUUUACAAUGUUUGAUUCGGAUUUGAUAGCAAUUGAAUCAAUGCUGUUCAAGAACUCUUUUAGAGCAGUACCUGUUAAAACCAAUAAAAUCCUUAGAAAAUGGCAUUUAGGACACAAGAUGGUUUAAUUGCUCUUUGAUUCACGGCGUGUGUUCUUUAUGCGUUUUUCCCUGCCUGUCAAGAUAGAAAUGGCUAUUGACCCUCAUGUGACUCAGUAAAACACAAAGUAUUGUGCCACUAUUGUUUUGCUGUUAGCAAUAAUUUUCCAACAUGGACUUUUUUGGAGAGACAAUUAUAUGAAGGCAAUUGAUAUGAGUCUUUUGUGGGUAUGGUUAUUUCAUUUGUAUUGUCCUCAAAUGCCACGCCCAUUGUGUGGAUCCAGUGUGUAAAUAACUCCCUGUUAUCAUCUGUAUUCAGGCAGUAAAAAUACCUAUUUUUUUAUAUCAAGACUUGUUUUGCUUUUAAAAAAAAAGAAUUUUACAAUUUGACAACCAAAGAUGUUCAGUAAAAUGAAGUAACAGAUGAAUAAAUAGCAACUAUUUAUUAGUUGACUGCCAUUACAAAAUACUCGUUCCACCAAAGCUCACCGCGCAAGCUUUAUUUCAAUAGGUUUUGUUUUUUUUUUUUAUUCAUUUGAUAAAUACCAUUUGUUGUUGUUUUUCUUGUUUUUUUUUUUCUUUUUUUGAAAGAAAAACUGUUUGUGCAAUAUCCUGGAUGCUGUUCUAUAAAGCACAUUUUCUCCCCUA